UUUUUCGCAACAUCCUGCAGGCGAGGCGUGUCCGAGGUGCUUGUUGUUAUUGCUUGGUUGGAAUGUCGCCUCCAGGAAACUGACUCAUCUCCGUGUGCCUUAUGCAGUGCCGCUAGCAUGGAGGCGCCCCUGUCCGUGGUGCUGGUGUGCGUGUCCGUGUGUGUCCGUGUUGCCAGGGCCGAGGGGACCUACGAAACAUAUAAGCUGGACUCCUUCAGAUUGUGUGGUAGUGGUAAGGAGUCUGGCUCCUUCUACAUCAGGCCAUGGAAGGCUGCUAUACUCACCUUUGGCAACCCACCCGACAGCAACUUACCCCCACCUGGACGGGACAUUCAUGAGUGUAAAGUAUCUAUAACAACACAGAAGGACUUUGGUCUGGGAGCUGUGGUUCAGGACUUGAGCAUCAAGGCAACACUCAAUAAGCACACCAAUGGAUGGGAGUGUGAUGGCGACUACAUCCAGAUUAGUACUGCUGGGACAUCAACUAUUUCCAAGCUUUUAGGUCUCUUGAGUGUUGACUUUAAGAGCAAGAAAACUCAAGAACUCUGUGGAAAGCGAACAGGAAAACCAAGGUUCUCUGAAGUUGGCUCCAAUGCUGAUGUCUUUUCCACACUUGCUCAUAACAUUGACGUGGAAUUCCACCAAGCAUUAAGGAAGACUACACCAGUUAAUAAUUCAUUCAGGAUUGUUAUCACCACCUUCAAGCACAUCAAAGAAGUUGCAUUUUCAGAUGCUUGCCAGGGGCAGUACCAGUGCAGAGGCUCAGAGAAUUACUGCAUCAACCCAGAGUAUGUAUGUGACUCGAACUACAACUGUGCUGUGCCAUUAGGAGGAGGCGAUGAGCUCAAGUGCAAAGAUCCUGAAUUAUACCACCCAGUAUUUUCCACUACAACCACCAUAAUCACUGCGUUGGCUGCCAUAGUUGGUGGUGGCUUCUUACUUGGCUGCAUCAUUACUCUGGUCAAGAAGAUGCAUUCCCGAAGGUCCUCACAGUCCAGGUCUGUUACACCUAGGCCAGGGCUGCUGUCUGAUGUGUCUGCCCCACCCAUGCAGCGACAGCACACUCUUCCCCCUUACGAGGCAGUAGUGAUGGCUGAUGCUGACCCUAGCUGGAAGAGCAGCCCCCUAGACCCCCUUCCACCUGGUGAACUCCCUCCCAACUAUGAGUCCCUCUUCCCUGAUGGACCACCUAAGAGCCAGAGUGCACCUCCCACAGCCCCCUCCCCAGUUCCUUCAACCAAUAACCAGCCCACUGCUCCCAACAUUGAAGACAAUCAGCCUGAACAAAGAUCAAGUGCUGCCACUGUAUCAGUUUCAGAUUCAUGAACCCACUGUGCCAAAAUGUAUAUUAGUAUAUUUUAAUGGUACAGAUUUUAUGAAUGGGAGAACUCAGGAUAGGGAUUUAUACUCAAAUAUUUCAUAGACAUAUUGAAUGUCACUUUUUUUUUAUUUUUAGGUAGUUAAUAUUUUUUUUCCAUGAUGUACUACUUUUGAGGUGAUCUGAAUGUCAUACCUCACAGAAUGAAGGAAAGAUGACAUCCAUUGAUUUUAUUGGCAUAAUUUAAGUUUUAUAUUGACAUAAAGGUAUUUCAGUAGAAGAAA